UUCAAAAAUAAUACGUUACUUUUUGCAUUUAUAAUUUACUCCAAUCCAACAAUUUAUCCCGCUAUACACACACCCGAGCUUGCUGAAUUGCUGGGCAUGGAGAAAUCGAGCUCUUCCUCUCUCAGACCAUCAAGCUCCCGGCUGCCGCGGCCUCUUCAAAUGCCACCAUUCAAUCUACCCGCCGAUUGGAGUGUUGAUGAAGUUGCUAGGUCCGAUAGCUCCAAAUCCGACAAGUAUUACUUAGAACCAGGGACUGGAAGAAGGUUCAGAUCACUGAGAGAAGUGGAGAGGCACCUAAACGGAGAAACGGUUUCUCGCAGACGCAAAUCCAGUGAAGUCAUUGCAUCCAAUAAUCGUCCCGGCGGGGUGGUUUUGACACCUAGAGAAGAGUGGUUGGAGAGCUCUCCUCCAUCGAAAGUGAAUUGGGCAAUUGCUAAUCCUCGAGGGGAUUCCUGGAAUAUAUCCUUCCAUUGA